UGGAUUCAUCCUCCUCCUCUUGGGCGAGGGGCGGGGCAGGGAGGGGCGCGAGGGGCUGCUCCUCGAAGCCCCUCUCAGAGAGAGAGAGAGCGCGCGAGAGAGAAAGAGGUGCCCCGCCCACCGCCUCGCCUUGUUGCCUCAGUGCCUUUCCUUCCUCCGCUCAGUCCUCCGCCUGAGUCGAGGCGGCGGGGAAGAGGCGCCCCUUUUGGGAGAGGGGCUGUGAGGAGGGGAAGAGAAGGAGGAAGAGGAGGAGGAGAAAAAGAGGAAGGCGACUGGCUUCUCUGCUUGGCCCCUUCGCCUCCCCUCCCUCCCUCACGCGCAGCCCCUUUUUCCCGCCUCUUUGGCUUUCUUCUGCCUGAUGGAAGGGGAGCGCGCUCCUCUUGCUCCUCGCCUCUCUUGCUCUCCUCUUCUUCCUCCUCGUUCCUCCUGGAGCCCGCCGGGUGGAGCAUGAAGCACCAUGGUGUGGUGCGACCGUGGGGUCCAGAUGCUGCUGACCACGGCGGGCGCCUUCGCCGCCUUCAGCCUCAUGACCAUCGCCAUCGGCACCGACUACUGGCUCUACUCCAGCGCCAACAUCUGCAACGGGACCAACGUCACCGCCCCGGACGACAGCGGCGCCCAGGCCCAGCCCAAGAAGCCCAAGGGGGACCUCACCCACUCGGGGCUCUGGAGGGUCUGCUGCAUCGAAGGGAUAUAUAGAGGACAUUGUUUUCGGAUCAACCACUUCCCUGAAGACAAUGACUACGACCAUGAUAGCUCAGAAUAUCUUCUCCGUAUUGUCCGUGCCUCCAGUGUAUUUCCUAUCCUAAGCACAAUAUUACUCUUACUUGGAGGGCUCUGCAUCGGAGCUGGCAGGAUUUACAGCAGCAAGAACAACAUCAUCCUCAGCGCUGGGAUCCUUUUUGUUGCAGCAGGUUUAAGUAACAUAAUUGGGAUAAUCGUCUACAUAUCCAGCAAUGCAGGUGAUCCUAGCGACAAACGGGAUGAGGACAAAAAGAACCAAUACAAUUAUGGCUGGUCUUUUUAUUUUGGAGCAUUGUCGUUCAUUGUGGCAGAAACAGUUGGAGUUCUAGCUGUGAACAUUUAUAUUGAAAAAAACAAGGAACUGCGGUUUAAAACCAAGAGGGAAUUCCUCAAGACUUCUUCAUCUUCUCCAUAUGCCAGAAUGCCAAGCUAUAGGUAUAGGAGAAGGAGGUCCAGAUCAAGUUCCCGGUCUACGGAGCCUUCUCCAUCCAGGGAUGUUUCUCCAAUUGGCCUGAAAAUGGCUGGCUCCAUCCCCAUGAAUGAAUUCUCCAUGUACACGCUCUCCAGGGAACCCUUAAAAGUUACCACUGCUCCAAGUUACAAUAUGGAACAAGAUGCUGGUUUUCUUCAAGUCCACAAUUUCCUUCAAAAGGAAUUCAAGGAAGGACUUCAUAUCAACAUGGUCAACAGGAGAACCACACCUGUUUGAAGAGAUUGGGUGCCUCUUCUUUAAUAAAAGUGAUACAAAAUUCAGAUCUUUUAUAUAUGAUAAGGGGGAGGGGGAGGGCUUGAAAAUGAUCUUGCAUACCUCAAGAUAAAAUCACAGCAAGAGGUUGCAAACAGAGAUACUGAAAUAUUGAGAUAACCUAAAACUGCUGAACUAUACAUUUCUAGCUGGUUUUUAUAAGCUCUUUUGAAAAUUUGUUUAAUUCAGAUUCUCAAUGUCUCACACAUGCAUAUACAAGAAAUGAAAAUCAGCAGCUCAUAUCCCAGCACUUUUGUAGUAUGUGUAGUAUAACAUGUGACAAUGGAAACAUUUUAGCUAAGGUAGGUUUUUAAAUUUUCAAUGUGGACUCUUUCUUUCUAUAAUGCUGUCCCUUGAUGCAAACCCAAACCAGUCACAUGCGUUUCCUGUUUCCUUUGAGCUGACAAAGAGGGAUUAGAUCUUUGUGUCGAAACAGCCACCUCGUCUUAGAGAAAAAGGCAAACUACCUGGGAAUGGCAGUGGAUCAUUUCAUUCUGGAAGACUCACAUUCUGCAAAACUCUUGUCUGGAAAAUGGAAUAGGACCAGAAAACCAAUUAUUUGUGUGAAUCAUGGUUCUACUACUGGGACUUGUGUACACUGUAAAGAGGAGUAUAGUCUGGGUUCUUAUAUGAAACUGUUUAUCUCUAUAUGAAAUCCUUGUUUAUUGAGAGACCGAAAUGAUGUUUGACUCAGUUGUUCCGUUAAGGUGAACAUUUUGCUCUCCUGCCCCAUAAGCCUGUUCAGUAUCGUUACAUUUUGAAUAAUUCUUUGGCCUGUAUACUACUUGAGUAAAUAACAUUUUAAGAUAAAAGAACGUGAUGCAAAUAGACCCCCUUCUUCAAAACUUGGGAAGAGAGGAUUUGACUUAUGACCUCAUCACAUGGGGGUGAAAUCAGCGGUAUGCGCCGUGCCUUCUCCUUUAAAAUGGAGCCCACCGGCUCCCAUUAUAUGAUGUACUGAACUUCUGGUGGAGCUCCGUCUUAAAGGAGAAGGCAAACCAGCACAUGCUGCAAAAUGGGAGAGUUCCCAUGUUACCUUGGAUCAACGGGGGAAGCCGGGCAGCGGAUGCUUCCCCCCGUGGGAUGUGAACAUGGGUGAGUCGGGCAAUGCAGGGUAUGGAGCAGCAGGUUCACAACAAACCUGGAUGUGCACUACUGGAAUCGCCAUGAUCUGUAGCGAUUCCGGAACUACGUGCAAAGAGGUAGUUAAUCUGAAGAAAAGAAGAGCCAGGAAAAGAUACUACAUGUCUUAAAACACAGCUCCACAAACAUCUUUCAACAACAAAUCGAUCAGUGCCUCAUUAUACAUUUCAAGUAUUUGCAGGAGAAGGCAAUGUGAAUCCCAUAAAGUUCAUGGAAUUAUAGUAUAACCAUUCUGAUUCUUCCUAAACCAAAUCAUAUCACCAGCCUAUUGACUUUCCUGGUGCCUUGGACAGAGAUCUUUCCCAGCCCAGUUUCCUGAGAUUCUUUAUGCAGAGUUGUUUCCUCCAAUUCCCAGAAAUUGUCCAUGCUGUUUGAGGCUUAUGGGAAUUAAAAUCCAACAUUUAGAAAAACCAUGUUUGGAAACGGUUCCAUUUGUAAUGGAAAGCUAUAGGACCACCCCAAAACGUGAUGUAAUGAACACAGUAUAACUCAAUGGAUUAUGUAAUAACUGAAGAUUUAGAGAACCUUUUCCCCCAUUGAUAUGUGGGGGAAAUGUCAACCAGUAACAACUAUUUGUAACAAUCAAAUUAUACACAUAGGCUCUUAAUUAUACUAUAAAUACCAUCAAAAAUAAAGAUGUAAUGCCUGAAAUGAUAAUACUUGGACAUUGCCGUUUCCUGAAACUCUGGCUCCUUGGGUUGGGUUUUCCAGACUGAAAGGAACACAACUGUCCCAGGUGAAACAACAUAUUGCCUACUCCUUCCAUCAGGAAGUGUUUUCUCCCAUGUAAAGGAUGGUUGACCACUCCUGGAAAAAUGCCUUCCAGCUAACUGCUCUCAUUGCCAGCCAUUCCUUCUUUUGAGAGUAGCUAUUUCUAGAAAUAUUCUGGGAAGGUGAGACUGGAGUAGGCCCCCUCUACACUGCCGUAUAAUCUAGAUCAUCAAAGCAGAUAAUCCUUUUUAUCUGCUUUGAACUGGAUUGUAUGAGUCUACACUGCUACAUAAUCCAGUUCAAAUCAAAUAAUCUGGAUUUUAUAUGGCAGUAUAGAAGGAGCCUAACACAGCUACUUCUUCAAAAUCUCAAAGAUGGUGAUUGGAGAAUCAGAAUCAGAUUGAUGGGGAAAUCUUGGUUCCUACACUGUCGUAUGAAAUCCAGAUUAUCUGCUUUGAACUGGAUUAUAUGGUAGUGUAGACUCUUUAAUGGAUUUCAAAGCAGAUAACUUGGGUUAUCUGCUUUGAUAAUCUGGAUGAUAUGUCAGUGUAGAGGGGGCCUACACUGCCAUAUAAUCCAGUUCAAUGCAGAUAAUCUGGAUUUUAUAUGGCAGUGUAGAAGGCCUAGGACUCCUUGAAUUCCCUUGCACUGAGUUCAAUUUCUAGUUCACAAUGCGAGCUGACCUUAAAAGAGGCAAUUUUAGAAACUUUCACGGUGCUGUGCUUCUUUUUGUAGACUGAGCUCUUUUGACAGCUCAGAGAUGCUUUCCCGAAAGGAAAGAAAGAAGGAAGGAAAAGAAACAAAUUCUGACAUUAUUGGAUGUCGGAGUCGUCGUAAUGCAUCUUAAGAACAUUAAAAACAAAUGGAGGGGUGGGAGUGGAAUUGACUACAGCUCCUAAAAUUCCCUGAUGAUUCUGGGAGUUGUAGUCUAAAAGGGUAAAUAUUUUGUGCUGAGAGAAAAAUGCCUUACCAAAGUUCAUUGGCUCCAUCCUUCUUGUCCUCCGUACAAACCGGAAAUGCCAGACCCAACGACUCCAGCAGUCUCCUGUUGUUUUCCACAAAAUGAUCCAUCUAGUAAUAACCAUUGAUUCAGAGUCCUAUCUUCUGGGAUGACAUACAAACAUAUCAUUCUCCAUGACCUUGGUCUAUUUUAUAAGCCAUCUCAGCUGGUGGUCAGUAUCACAUUUAAUUAUAAUUAUAUUUUAAAUCCCCCUGCUCUUAUCCUUUAUGCCAAGAGUACUUUUCUGGUCUGCCCUUUUCUGUUUUCCUGGUUUAAAUUAAGUCUCUUUUUUCUUCUUUUUUUGCAAGAAACGAAAAGUGUAUUUCAAGAUUUGCUAAAAAUGCUAAGGCUUUUGUGUGUGCACACGCACACACAUACCUGUGUAUGUGUUUAUGUUUUCACAAAUAAAUGUCUUUCUUUCUUUGGGAGGCUUCCUUAAGAGUUAAAGUAAUACUGUGAUGCGGAGUAGGAGCGUACAUUAAAGUGUCAACUUUGUGUGUCAUACUUAAAGUGCUUACUAUUUUAUACCUCUUGUCACUGUAUUUUCAAGUGCGAUUUUCAUGAAUUAUUCUUAUUUUCAUUCUCCUUUUGCAUUGAUUAUAGCUAACAGGUAGAAUUGAAUCCUCAUUUGUAGUUGUUGUAAUUAAAAUAUCCAUAGCUAUAGAUAUUGUUCCCUUUUCCGAGCAAAAUCUUGAUGUAGAGUUACCUUUCUAAGAAUUUUCUGCAUUGAAAUGAAAGCUAUCUUGUGAAAUUUGAAUUUGUUGGAAUUUUUUUUUGAAACAAAAGGAAAUAUACAGAACGUAUUCCUCCGG